AUGAAGGAAUUUCUUAAUAUAAAUUACGUUAAAUAUAAUAAAAUACUCGAGUCCAUAUUUGCUCAAACCCUGCUGUUAUGUUCCUUAUGUUAUUUGUGUUAUGGCCAUGCAUUACAUGGCAAUUUGGUCUUUGAUGAUACAGUUGCAAUUAAACGAAACAAAGCCAUAAAUCAGUUGCCCACUAAUUUUACAGCCAUUUUUACCAGUGACUUUUGGGGCUUAAGUAUUACCGACGAUGAUUCACACAAAUCUUACCGACCUCUUACCUCGUUGAUGUUUCAUCUGGAGUGGGUAAAGUGGAAAUUUGAUCCAGUUCAUAUGAAACUAGUAAACCUGUUUAUACACACCAUUAAUACAAUUUUAGUUUUAUUAUUGUUGAGAAAAAUACGUUUUUCUUUAUUUUCGCACAAAGAAGUGGCUUUAUUGGCAGCCACAUUAUUUGCGGUACAUCCUGUCCACACGGAAGCGGUGUCGGGUAUAGUAUCUAGGGCAGAUCUGAUGUUUUGUUUAAUAUACCUACUGACUUUACUAUUAUGUUGCUUAAUGCAUGAAAGAUAUGCAUCUUGGUUACCGUGGUUGACAAUAUGUCUAACAUGCCUGGGAGUUUUAUUUAAAGAAUCGGCCAUAACGAUACCUUUGUCGUGUGUACUUAUGCAUUAUACCCUAAAACGUGUGCACAGAUUGCACUGGCAACAACAAUUAAGGGAAAUGAUAACAAAAACCAACAUUUUUUACGCUUUAUCUACAACUAGUAUAGUCGCAAUUCGCCUUUGGAUAGCAGAUUUCAAAAGUCCAAAAUUUCGUAAAGCUGACAAUCCCGUGGCCCAUGCUGAAAGUUUUUUAACACGUGUGCUUUCACAAAAUUAUCUUUAUGUGUAUAAUCUACAAACUCUUUUAAAUCCUUUGUACCUGUGCUUUGACUGGGCCUUUGAUUGCUUAAGACUUGUAGAAAAUCUUCAAGAUUUAAGAGUAUUAACAAUUCUCAUUGUAUAUGUAUUCAUCUUCACCUGUCUCUAUAAAUAUCAAUAUAAUUUUGCUGGCGUUUUCGGUUUACUGCUGAUCAUCAUACCAUUUUUACCUGCAUCGGGCAUAAUUAAGGUGGGAUUUGUUAUUGCCGAACGAGUUUUAUAUGUCCCAUCUAUAGGAUACUGUUAUUUGGUGUCGUAUGGUUUUAUGUGGUUGCAUGAGACUUUAAGAUUUCGUAAAACUUUAUCUUUUGGUUUUAUCAUGCUGGUGUUAAUUUUCAUUGUACGUUGUCGACAACGUUCUGCGGAAUGGCUAACGGAAGAAGAAUUAUUUACCUCAGCUUUGGAUGUGUGUCCCAAUAAUGCAAAGGUUCAUUACAACAUUGCUCGCUUAUCUACCGAUAUGAAGAAUAAUACCAAAGCCUUUGAUCACUAUCACAAAGCCAUUGAACUUUAUCCCGAUUAUGAUUCUGCCCUUAUGAAUUUAGGUAAUCUUUAUCGUGCUACGGGUAAUUUAAAAAAAGCCGAAAAAUAUCUACAAAAAUCUCUUGAAGUAACUCCAGAUUUGGCUGCUGCUUGGAUGAACUUAGGAAUAGUGCAAGCUGGCAGUAAACAAUUUAAGGAAUCCUUAAUAAGCUAUAAGAAUGCCUUGAAGUAUCGUAAAAACUAUCCGAAUUGUUACUAUAACAUGGGUAAUUUAUAUUUAGAGCAAAAUUUAUACACUGAGGCGUUAAAUCAUUGGCAAAGUGCCGUUACCUUAAAUCCACGUUUUCAAAAGGCCUGGACCAAUAUGCUGACAAUGCUCGAUUCGAAAAGUAUGUUUGAAGAUGCUCUGCGACUAUCCGAACAAGCGCUUGUACAUCUGCCCAAUGAAAAUUCAAUAUUAUUUUUACGUGCCAAUGUUUUUGGUAAAUUGGGCCGUUAUGUAGAAGCUGAACAAUUGUAUAAACUCGUUAUAGCCAAGGAACCGUUAAAUUACAUGUUUCAUACCAAUUUAGCUGUACUCUAUCAUCGUUGGAAUAGAUUAAACGAUGCCAUUGAUUCGUAUCGAAAAGCCUUAGAUGCUAAUCCGCAAAAGGCAUCCACAGCCAGAGAUAAUUUAGGUAAGCUAAUAAAAAGAUUGGCAAAUGAAAAACUAGACAAUUAA